UUACCUUUCAGCAGUAGAAGCAGGGACUCAUUUGAUUCUAAGCAACAGAUAACGACAGUUCAGGAACAGGUGCUAAGAGUGGGAACUAAGUUGGGGGUUUGGAUUAAGGCAGUGAACAAACCAAGAAGUUGGUGAAUAGUGUGAGGCAUUAAAAUGGUGUGGAGGGGCGGCGCCUGUGGCUCAGUCGUGAGAUGUAUGAUGUAUGGUUUUGGAGAUGACCAGAAUCCUUAUACUGAGUCAGUAGAUAUUCUUGAAGACCUUGUCAUAGAAUUCAUUACUGAAAUGACUCACAAGGCAAUGUCAAUUGGAAGACAAGGUCGAGUACAAGUUGAAGAUAUCGUCUUCUUGAUUCGAAAGGACCCCAGGAAGUUUGCUAGGGUUAAAGACUUGCUUACUAUGAAUGAAGAAUUGAAACGGGCUAGAAAAGCAUUUGAUGAAGCCAACUAUGGAUCUUGACAUCUUUUGUAGUUCCUGAAACUCCAUUAUAUUCUAGUGAAACCAUAUGUAAUAAUUGUUAUAUUUUCUGCAGUGAGGUUCUGAUAUUUACCUAGGUGAAUGAAAGAUAGAGAAACAGUUUUUUUGUCUUUAUUUUCAUGCCUUUGGUUUUAUAGUGAUGUUGGAUUAAUUGCCUGCCUUUAUAUGACCAUGCUUGAAUUACUUACUGAGUUUUAAUGACCACACAUAAGUUAAAGUAUCUUUCCAACCAGGCAAUUCUUUCUAUUAACAAAGGUUGAAAUAUUAAUAGUUGGGUUAGAUGUAUUUGUGCUAUUUAAGCUAUAUUGUAGCUGUUUAAUAUGUGAAAUCUAAAUGGCAUCUUUGACUAUGAUAGGUGAAAUGUGCUUUAUGUAUUCUGAAGUUUUUAUAUAAAACUAGUCUGAGAUUAUUGUAGUGAACUUUUUUAUCUUUUGUUUAUAUUUGUAUCUUUAUGUUUAUUUUUAUUUUUUUGAGACAGAGCUUCACUUUGUUGCCCUGGCAUCGUAGCUCUCAGAACCUUAGACUCCAGGGCUCAAGUGAUUUUCUUGCCUCAGCCUCCACAGUAGCUGUGACUACAGGCACCUGCCACAAGGCCCUGCUAUUUUUAGAGGCGGGGUCUUGCUCUGGCUCAGGCUGGUCUCGAACCUGUGAGUUCUGUGGGAUUAUAAGCAUGAACCACUGCACCUGGCCUAUCUUUAUUUUAAAGAGAUGAUAUAGAAAAAUACUGGGUUUUUGUUAAAGAUGUUUAUCUGUUUUAAAAGCUAAUUUCUUUUAACAUUAUUUUCUUCAGAUAACAAGAUUUUUUUUUUUUUUUUUUUUUUGGAGAAACAAAGUUUCAUGUGAAUGCUCCUAUGUUGGAAGGCUUUUUUGAUUUAAAACCUUUUGGGGAUUAUAAUAUACCAUUUGUUAAGUUUGCAAGAACUCAUUUUCUCAGAUCAGAUUAAAGCUUCUAAAAAUAAAUGUUUUCAGUAGCAAGAAUGGCGUUGCUUAAAAAUUGAAGGGCAUCGGGCGGCGCCUGUAGCUCAGUGAGUAGGGCGCCGGUCCCACAUGCCGGAGGUGGCAGGUUCAAAGCCAGCCCCGGCCAAAAACCACAAAAAAAAAAAAAAAUUGAAGGGCAUCGAUGGUAAGAUAAGCAUUUAGGGUAGUUUUUUAUUCACAUAUUUGUAAGUACUUGUUCAUUGUGGAAACAAAACCUUGUAUGUCUAUGGAAAUCACCUUUUUUUUUUAGUUGCACAAAGUUUAUUUUUAUGUCUAUAUUAUAGUUGCAUUCAAUAUAAAUCAAAAUGAAACAAAACGUAGGUUUAAUUGGCUCAGAAAAUGACAAUGAAAAGAAAAACACUGGCUAAAAUUUUACCAAUAGAGAAUUACCAUUUAGAGGGUCGGAUUUGAGUUACAGUACCAUGGAAAGUGCUUUUGUAUUUCAGGAUAUAUGGGUUUUGUGUGUAUAUACCUUAUCAAGUUAUUAUUACAUUUAGCUUAAAGUGACGAUUACAAUUGCAUUUAAAUCACUGAGUGUUAAUUCUUUGCAAAACUGAACUUUUGUGCCACUUAUAAAUGUUACCUAUAAAUCAGUAUUUGGGAAAUUUUACUUUCUUAACCUAUUAAUACAAGGAAUAAAGUACGAAAUAUUAAACAGGUUACUGCUUGA